GAACCUGUUAAAAAUCCGAUUAAAAGAGUGAUAAAUUAAUGGAUUCUUCAGAAAGGUAGAAUCCCGACAGGUUUUCUCCAGCCUCAAGUUGACGAGAUUAUCCAGCAAUCACCAUAUGCUCUUCACAGAAGAAAUGGAUCAGAGAUUGAUCGAUGUAGCUGAAGCUGGAGAUAUAGAAGGCUUAUAUACACUCCUCAACGAAGAUCGAACUAUUCUCGAUAAGGUAGACGAGAUCGGAUUCAUAAAUACCCCUUUACACAUUUCUGUGAUCAAUGGCCAUACUCCAUUUGCUUCAGAGAUCGCAAAUCUGAAACCUAAAUUUGCUAGAAAGCUAAACGAAGAUGGAUUUAGUCCCUUACACAUAGCUGCAGCAAUUGGAAAGUUAAAGAUAGUGAGAGAUCUAUUGAAGGUUGAUAAGAACCUUUGUCUUCUUAAAGGUAGAGAGAAGAUGAUUCCUCUUCACUGUGCGGCGGCUAUUUCUGGGAAUGAAGAUGUUUUGGAAGAAUUGCUCUCUGCUCGGCCAAAAUCUAUAAAGGAAUUGACGGUUGGGAUGGAAACAGCUCUUCACUUGGCUGUGAAGAAUGAUAGGUAUUAUGCCUUGAAAGAAUUGUUGAAAUGGCUUGAUGAUAUUCCAGUUCGACGGAUGAUGCUAAAAUGGGUUGAUGAUGGAGGUAACACUAUCUUGCACUUUGCCGCAUCAAGAAGAAAACUUGAGAUGGUAAAAUUGGUAUGUCGUUAUAGUACAACAAACAACGGAAUUUUGGCAGUGCCCAUAAAUGCGAUUAAUACGGAGGGUUUUACAGCUUUGGAUAUCUUACUAUAUCAUACAAUUGAUGUACCGGAUGAGGAGGAAAUGCAAAUGCUACAAAUCCUUCGCAACUCUGGGGCCAAGAUAGGGCAACAAGUUAUUACAUUUCUUCCACCACCAGGGGAAGCCAUUAAGAGGUUUCGAAGUCGAAGAAUAACAAGAAGAAUAGCAAGUAAGUUAGAAUUCCUAUUCCCAGUGUUACGCAGAGAUGUUCCAAGUGAUGUAAGGAAUGCACUAUUAGUAGUAGUUGUUCUUAUUGUAACAGCAACCUAUCAACUUGGUAUCAACCCUCCAGGAGGUCUAUGGCAAGAUAACUAUGAUCCAAGCAGUAGUAAUGACAUCAACAGUAAUCCAUCAUCCAGAGUUAGUAGAUUAGAACAACUAGCCCAUGAAGCAGGAACACCAGUUUUGGCUACUCAGAAUCCAGGGACUUUCCUAACAAUAAUGCUUCUAAACUAUGCUGCAUUAUGUCUAUCUGUGGUUAUAACUUUUAGUCUCACAGAAGGAUACCCUUUAAGAGCCUCUGUAUUAAUUGCAUUAUGUUUAAUACUCGCGACGUACGGUGUUACAACAUCUUUGUAUUCGAGUUCUUUAUACGCAGUUCUUUUUCCGGUGCUUUUUCUUACACUCUUUGCCAUGGGAAUCAUGUAUUUACGCAGUAGAGCUAUGGAAUUAUUGAAGUGGGAGCAGACUUGACUAAUUCUUUGUGAAGUGGUGUACUAUAACAGGAAGAAGAGGAAUGAGGAAACUUGUUUACAUAUUGAGAUUGUUUGACGUCUUUGACAGUUUGGUUUUAGGAUUUGCAUAUAUUUCUUUGUAUUUGAACUUGCAAUCAGUUAAUAUGAGGCAUGAUGGUGUCCUUGGACAAUUUUUUCUUUC